AUGUUCACGAGCUUCACGGGAAACCCGCGUCGAGCGCGGCAGGUCAACCUCAGUGGAAAGAAGACGAACCCAUUUGGCCCCCCGGGCUCUGGUGCUGGAUCACAGGCCGCCCUCGACCGCGCCCAACAGGAUCGAGCCCAACGGCAGCGCGAACGAGACACAUUGAAUGCCGCCAGGCGAAUACAACGGCUGUGGCGAGGCCAUUCGGCUAGGAAACGUAUAGCGGACCAGGCACGCGGUGAAUGGGACGCCGUAGAGGGCUCCGACGGCCGCUCCCAACAGACGCCAUAUGCCUCUGAAGACGAGGCUCUUGCCCAACUGCGGCGGCUGCUUCGCUUUGCUUCCACCCGGAGUGAAGAUGACCUCCGACGGAUACAACAUUACGGCGCGAGGCAGAUGCAAACAGUGUCCUCUUUGGGCAUCACAGCGAGUGGGCCAUGGCCGUCGGCAUAUCUAAGGCUGCAACGGAUACUGCUCGUCGCCAUAGAACGACAGCUCAAGGUCGCAUCAGCGCAAUGGAACCAGGUUGGACAAUCUCUCGCCGUCUUGCGGUUCCUAGCAGACCAAAUCCCUGCCGAAACAUCCCGUAACGCCCAACAUUAUUACCGCGCCCUCGCACAAGUCGUCUCCAGACUGUCUCCCGUACUCGAGUCGCCGGACAAGGAUGGGUUGGAUGUGGUCAAAGUCAUACUCGAGACCAUCAUCUCGCCACUGAAGGUCACCGGAUAUACAUUGGACGCCUACGAGGCCCUUGGCAUACACUUCCUGACACUGCCGUUGUUGAGCUCAGACUCAACAUCGCCACCCAUACAGAAGCUUCGAGACUCGCUUGCCGACUCGAUAAAUUACAAGCUACUUGCAAACGCACUGGCUACUUUAUCCAAGAGAUCGGGCUUGCAGAACAAGCCAGAGUUGCGGGGCCUGUUGAGUCGGCUACGCCUGCUGGGAACCUUCAUCUUCUUCCAUCGCUAUGCCCACAACUUUGAUACCCCGGAAGCGUAUGCUGUUCACAAGGACUUUGUGUCUGUAGUCUCCGUCCUUCUGAAUUCGCUGCCGGUCAACAUUGUUGACAAUGAUCAUCCCAUUGCAGAGAUUGUGGAAGACGACGGAGACAAUCAAGACUCUGGCGCGGUGACAAAAUUUCUGAAACAACAGGUCGAAUCCUUGGUGCACCAAGAAGGUAUUGGCAGUCUUUUGGCUGGCUCAUCGCAAUCCCAGGAUGCUCCUGAGGAUGAAAAGGUAGAAGAAGCACGUCAGCUGGCCAACUAUGCGCUCGCCCUACUGCGCUUCUUUCCACGAAGAGGCGACGAGAUACGCAUGUGGCUUUACAUUGGCCCGACCGAGUCAUCUGGGAAGAGCACUCGAAAACUGCCCGCUAUUCGGUAUUUCUGGGAGGCAUCGAGGAGGUCCUCGGUGUUUACGACAAUCUUCAAAGACUCGCGGGCAGCCAUUGGUUUGCUGAAGCCGAAAUCACCCGACACCAGCAGCUCAGAUCGCCCUGGCACUUCAGGCCUGACACAGCAUGGUUUUUGGCAGCCAGCGCAACAGCAGGUAAAUCGCGAUGCUGUCGUUACCGAUGAAUGGCGGGUCAUUCUAGUCUUCCUGGAACUGUAUACAUUUGUGCUCAAAGUAACAGAUGACGAGGAGUUUUUCACUGCUGGACAGCAGAAUGCCCACUCUGGGCAGUUCCGCGAUAACAGCCUGCCAUUGAGCGAAGUAAAGGACCUGACGACAUUCUUGAAAAACGUGGGCUUCACACUCUACUUCAAUGCAGUCGACAUCACGACGUCGGAAGACAACGCAGAAAGCAGCAACACGGGCUUCAAUUACUUCAGCCCUAAAGCAACCGAUAGUCAGGCCCAGAAAGAGCCGGUUGAGCCAUCUACAGGCGGUGUCGCGGGACUGAGGAUUGACUACGUAAAAGGACUGGUCACAGGUCUCCUUCGUAUGGUUUACGAGCGUGAUUCUCGACGCAAGUUCUUGCCGCAAGACCAUUGGCUGAUGACUUCGCGAUUCGACAUGACUGGCUUUAUUCCUGCUGUAGUUGAAGAAGAAGAGUCGCGGCAUAAAAUUCAAGAAGAAGAUGGGGAGGACGUGGAUGAUGAGGAGGAGGAAUUCGACGAUACCCCACAGCUGAUUGGGACGAGUCGAACACAGCAACAACGAAGACUGGAAAAGCUGCAGCGACAGCAACGCAAGGCCUCAAGGAGAAGGUACCUCCAAGCCGUGGCUCCUCGAUUGGAGAUUUUGCAGAACAUGCCUUUCUUCAUACCAUUUACAACCAGAGUACAGAUCUUCCGUGAGUUUGUUCACCUCGACAUGACCAAGCGACGAGGUGGCUCUGAUCCAGAGCUCUGGCGAUUCAGGCUGAUGCAGCAACCAAACGCCCGUGGCCAAUUUGAACGGCACUCGGCAAGGAUCAGGAGAGAAAACGAGUUUGACGACGCAUUCGAACAGUUUUAUGAUUUGGGCCAGGGUCUCAAAGAGCCUAUCCAGAUUACCUUCUUGGACCAGUUCGGGGCACAAGAGGCUGGUAUUGACGGAGGCGGUGUCACCAAAGAGUUCCUGACGAGCGUGACCAACCGAGCCUUCAUGCCGACAGACUACAUUGACAUGUUUGUGGAAAAUGACCAACACUUGCUCUAUCCAAAUCCCGCGGCGCUCGAAGAACACAAAGAAGCUCUACGACAGGCUGGUAUUCGCGAGGGCUCACAGGAAUAUCGUGCUCAGAUCACCGAGUUGCUUCAACGCUACGAGUUCUUGGGUCGUAUCAUCGGAAAGUGUCUGUAUGAGGGCAUCUUGGUCGAUGUCAACUUUGCGCCCUUCUUCCUCCGCAAAUGGGCCCUAACAGGCGGUGCUGGUUCCGCGCCUAAUGAGUCAGGGUACCGUCCUACGCUCAACGACCUUCGUGACCUGGACGAAGAACUGUAUCAAGGCCUGCACAAACUCAAGACGUACCCUGGCGACGUUGAAGAUUUCUCGCUCAACUUUACCGUCACGGACACGAUUAUCGUAGACCACACUACGACACCCAAAAAGACCAAAGCCAUCACCAAAGAGCUUAAGCCCGACGGCUCCAACACGCCAGUCACCAACCAAAACCGCCUGGUCUACAUCAGCUACAUGGCGCGCCACCGCCUGCAAAACCAACCCUAUGCGCAAACAGCAGCGUUCCUCCGCGGUCUCAGCACAAUGAUCCAGCCAUCGUGGCUCUCCAUGUUCAAUCAGUCGGAGCUGCAAACGCUCAUCUCGGGCACGCGCACGUCGAUUGACGUGGAAGACUUGCGGCGCAACACCAUUUAUGGAGGCACGUAUGUGAUUGGCGACGAUGGGCUCGAACACCCGACAAUCCAGCUGCUGUGGAAGGUCAUGAAGGAAAUGUCCGACGACGAGCGCCGCGCCGUGCUCAAAUUCGUCACGAGCACGCCGCGUGCUCCCCUCCUGGGCUUCGGCACGCUCAACCCCCGCUUCAGCAUUCGCGAUGCCGGAAGCGACCAGGAUAGACUGCCCAGUACGAGCACGUGCGUCAAUUUGCUGAAGUUGCCCAUGUAUCGGGAUGAAGCGACGCUCAAGGAGAAGCUGCUGUACAGCAUCUUUUCGGGCGCUGGCUUUGACCUGAGUUAA